AUGGAUCUUUCGAGCAACAGAUUUGUUGGUCCAAUCCCAUCCUUAUCCUUAUUGAAGGAUCUUACAGUUCUGAAGCUUGCUCGUAAUGGGUUCAAUGGUUCCAUGCUUUCCACUGAAUGGGAAGAGCUUUCCAAUCUUGUUAACCUUGACCUGCGUAACAAUUCUCUCACUGGAAAUGUUCCUUUAUCUCUGUUCCAUCUUCCAGCAAUCCACAAGAUUCAACUCAGCUACAACCAAUUUACUGGUAGUUUGAAUGAGCUCGCCGACGUGUCCUCGUUCUUACUUAAUACCCUUGAUUUGGAGAGCAAUCAGUUAGGGGGACCAUUCCCGUCGUCGUUUUUUGAACUUCGAGGUCUUAAGAUUCCCUCACUUUCAUUCAACAAUUUUACAGGAAAAUUGAAUCUAGACAUGUUCAAGCAGCUUAACAACAUAACAAGUUCUUCCUUUCCUCAAAUGACCACACUGAAGUUGGCUUCUUCUGGUUUUGAAGGAUCUCCAAACGAUCUUUCUUCCCGUCUCUAUCUUCUUGACCUUCAUUCCAACGUAUUUGAAGGGCCACUCUCGGUUUUCCCCCCAUCUGCUUCCUAUUUGGAUUUCUCCAAUAACAGUUUCAGUUCUGUUAUUCCACCUGCGGUUGGAAACUACCUCGCGUCUACAGUUUUCUUGUCUCUGUCGAGAAAUUCUUUUGAAGGAAGUAUUCCGGAGUCCAUAUGCAAUGCUACAAGUCUUCAAGUCCUGGAUUUGUCUAGUAAUAACUUGCGUGGCAUGUUUCCCCAAUGUCUAACUCAGAGGACUGAUAAUCUUGUGGUACUAAACCUUAGAGGAAACGCCUUGAAUGGCUCCAUUCCUAAUACAUUUCCAGUUACUUGCAGUCUGAGGACUCUUGAUCUAAGUGGAAACAGCAUUGAAGGGGAGUUACCGAAAUCUUUAUCCAAUUGCCGUCAUUUGGAGGUUUUGGACAUUGGGAAUAAUCAGAUACAAGACAUCUUUCCAUGCCCAUUGAAGAACAUAUCCACUUUGCGGGUACUUGUUCUUCGCUCGAACAAAUUUCAUGGGAGGUUUGGAUGUCAGGAGAGCAAUGGCAGCUGGGAGAGCCUGCAAAUUGUGGACAUAUCUCGAAACAACUUCAAUGGCAGUAUUUCUGGGAAGAGCAUAGUAAAAUGGAAAGCAAUGGUGAAUGAGGAAGAUUAUAGCAAGUCAAGAGCUAUUCACCUUCGUUUUAGUUUCUUCAAAUUCAGUUCUGUGAACUAUCAAGACACAGUAACUAUUACGAGCAAAGGUCUAGACGUGGAGCUCCAAAAAACUCUAACAGUCUACACAUCCAUCGACUUCUCCUGCAAUUCCUUCGAUGGGCAGAUACCUAUAGAAGUCGGGCAACUUAGACUGGUUUUGAAGGAUCUCCAAACGAUCUUUCUUCCCGUCUCUAUCUUCUUGACCUUCAUUCCAACGUAUUUGAAGGGCCACUCUCGUUUCAGUUCUGUUAUUCCACCUGCGGUUGGAAACUACCUCGCGUCUACAGUUUUCUUGUCUCUGUCGAGAAAUUCUUUUGAAGGAAGUAUUCCGGAGUCCAUAUGCAAUGCUACAAGUCUUCAAGUCCUGGAUUUGUCUAGUAAUAACUUGCGUGGCAUGUUUCCCCAAUGUCUAACUCAGAGGACUGAUAAUCUUGUGGUACUAAACCUUAGAGGAAACGCCUUGAAUGGCUCCAUUCCUAAUACAUUUCCAGUUACUUGCAGUCUGAGGACUCUUGAUCUAAGUGGAAACAGCAUUGAAGGGGAGUUACCGAAAUCUUUAUCCAAUUGCCGUCAUUUGGAGGUUUUGGACAUUGGGAAUAAUCAGAUACAAGACAUCUUUCCAUGCCCAUUGAAGAACAUAUCCACUUUGCGGGUACUUGUUCUUCGCUCGAACAAAUUUCAUGGGAGGUUUGGAUGUCAGGAGAGCAAUGGCAGCUGGGAGAGCCUGCAAAUUGUGGACAUAUCUCGAAACAACUUCAAUGGCAGUAUUUCUGGGAAGAGCAUAGUAAAAUGGAAAGCAAUGGUGAAUGAGGAAGAUUAUAGCAAGUCAAGAGCUAUUCACCUUCGUUUUAGUUUCUUCAAAUUCAGUUCUGUGAACUAUCAAGACACAGUAACUAUUACGAGCAAAGGUCUAGACGUGGAGCUCCAAAAAACUCUAACAGUCUACACAUCCAUCGACUUCUCCUGCAAUUCCUUCGAUGGGCAGAUACCUAUAGAAGUCGGGCAACUUAGAGCUCUUUACGUUCUCAACUUGUCACACAAUUCGCUGUCCGGUGAAAUUCCUUCAUCCAUAGAAAAUUUAAGUCAGCUGGGUUCUCUAGACCUUUCAAGUAACAGGCUUAGUGGCACAAUCCCUUCACAGCUUGCAAAACUUUCGUUUCUAGGAGUGUUGAAUCUCUCCUACAAUCUGUUGGUUGGUAUGAUCCCGAAUGGCCCUCAAAUCCAAACAUUUUCACCAGAUUCCUUCGUAGGUAACGAAGGAUUAUGCGGAUCCCCUUUGCCGAAGGAAUGCAAAACUGAUAUUCGACCAUCUUCAGAUACAAGAACCUCAGGGGGAGUUUCAGAAAAUGAAUUUGAAUGGAAAUACAUAAUAAUUACCUUCGGAUUCAUAUCAGGUGCGAUCACGGGUGCAAUCGCCGGUGUUUGGGUUUGGGAGAAAAGAUCCGAUACUUUGAUGAGAUGGGCCUCGGCUUUAGGUUUUCGUAUCAAGAAAAGGGUUUAAAUCUUA